AAUUUUCCCAGAUCCAUGUUUAUCAGCCUUGCAUAGCGUGUCUUCCCUCAAUAUCCGUACGAUCGGUUCUAAAUCCGGGGAGAACCUGACACAAUGGGUCGUCGGACCUGCUCUUGAUGUUGUUGCGGGACACCCGGCAUACCUCCAAGCCAGACAAUACUACGACUUGGUAGAAGUCGUCUUCAUCUCCAAGACUGACGACGAGUUAUCUAGCAUCUGCAUUUUCCCCUUCAUUCUUUCGUAGAACUUGCAAUCGACACAUCACCAUGGCAGGUUUCAGCACUCCAAGCGCGCAGCCGCAGGAGGCUGCGAAGUCAAUGUCUUCUCGCCUUCUGAACAUGAAAUUUAUGCGACGAGCAGCAGCCUCAACCACAUCUACACCAGCAGCAUCGACAACAGCUACACCAGCGACUGAACCCUUUGCGAAGCGCCGACGAGUUGAGAUCCAAGCAUCGCCUCCAUCCACAUCAACCCCGGGAACGCCUUAUACGCCCGUUGAGGAGCAUUCUCCCAGCACAACCUUUGGACUAUCAAGAGGUGGAACGAGCACAUUUAAUCGUGGUGCAGGCGCAGACACGGAAUGGGUACUCGAUCUGAAAACAACGUUUGAGAACUCCUUAAAGACGAGAGCACGGUCGGAAGCCAACGGCAAAACCUCGCAAGGAUCAUGUUUUAAUGGGCUCGCCGAAGAACCUGGUGAAGGGACAGAUACCGAGGAGGAAGACAUCUGGAACAAUCAACCGUCUGGACGCCAGACAUAUGGCUCGUUCAAGCAGAAGCGCAAGUCCAGACCUCGGCCAAACGAUGAGAGCAUAGAUUCUCCGUCAGACCACUCAGAUUCAGAUGGGCCUGAUCUGUCCAAUCAUCGAACACCGUCAGGGAAACGCAAGAAGAACCAUUCGACAGGCGCUGAUUCGGACGAAGAGAUGCGCCAGGUGCGAAAAGCCAUUGAGGCGAAGCAUCGAAAUAUGACGUCGACAGCACCCAGAGCAAAUCCUGCUGGAGGUGGAAAGAGUCCAUAUCAACCUUAUACCGGAAAUCAGGCUGGUUCCGGGCAGAAAAGACGCAGAGAAGACGGUGAUUACAAAAGUCGAAAGAAAUCAAGGAAGACAAUUUGACGGGAUGAGGCAGAAGUUUGUCAUGAAUAACGACUGUUAUGGAUGUGUAAAAGGUGUGAACGUGCAUGAGCAAUUGCACCCUGAAAAGCGGCUUGAUACGACUCGCCUCGAGCCUGGGUUCGUUCCUUUCCAAGCUAUGGAAUGGCAAAGCGCCCUUUGGAUGUUUCCCAAUCGGAUUCAGACGGAUUGCUCGCGAUGAAUAGUCGACAAAGGUCAUGCGACAGGAGAAACUGGGCUUGCGCGCAAACGCAGCUCCUCACAUUGGAGAGUCCCUUCCUAGGACGCAAAUUCUUCUCCCUUUGACACGAAAUGAACAUAUCAGUCGCCUGUCCAUCAUCAUCUUGCCCAUUUCAGAGUGGGAAGAGGAGCCUGCGAGGAACACUACUCUGUGAGACGCCGGGUAAGGCUCUUCUGCCGGCCGAGGCUCCAUGAAGUGGCUUCUCAUAAGGAGAGAUCAGGUACCGUGCAGACCACAGGGCCUAUGUACGCGUGCUAGACGACGAAUCAUUCUCAAGUCAUGCACUUGCUUGAUCGCAGCCCUCAAACACCCGACUAUAUCAUGCAUUCUUAUCACAGAUCCUGUCUAUCAACCCAUCGAUCUAUCAAUCUAUCUAUGAAUUCGUUUUUCC